UCUGAGUCGACUGUCUCGAAUAUGACAGAAGUAGUGUUGUAUAGUACUCGUAUAGAUAGUAGACCUAUACAUCGACAUGUCGGCUUACUCGAUUUCAACAUCUCGUAUGCGUGCUGCACUUAUCUUUCACAAGAUAUCGCUACGCCUACCGAGGCAUGACGUUUAUCCAAGAUAGUAUAAACGUCCGAGUGUCUUAAAGAAAGGUUCAACAACGUCCUUCAACUUUCGACACUGACACUCUACCCUUGCACGAAAGCCGCAAUUGGGAACAAACACUUAGGAAUUCAAAUCACUACAUCGAUUGAUUUCAUACAAGCAGUCUGCAGGCCCUGAUACGUAUCUCCACUGGAACAAACACCUUCACCCGGCGUAUCAAAGCCCUCAAUCCUUACCCUCGACUGACGUAUCUGACUUCAACAAUGGCCUCGACUCCACGCCAAUAUGACCUUGUACUCCUCGGUGCUACAGGGUACACUGGGAAACUGACCGCAGAAUGGGUCAACAGGAAGCUACCCAGCGACAUCAAAUGGGCGAUAGCAGGUCGCAACGCAAAGAAGCUUCAAAGCGUGGCGGACGAACUCCACCAGCAAAACCCCAACCGACCAUCCCCAGCAAUCGAGACAGUCGAGCUCGAAAAGGCCCAACUCGAUACUCUGGCUAGGAAAACCCGCCUGAUCAUCACCACCGUCGGCCCGUACAUGUUCUACGGCGAACCGGUGCUCGCCGCCUGCGCAGAGAACGGAACCCACUACCUCGACUGCACAGGCGAAAUCCCAUGGUACUACGACAUGCUUGCCAAAUACCACGCAACUGCGGAGAAGAACGGCGCCAUCAUCAUCCCCCAAUGCGGGCUGGACUCAGUCCCCGCCGACAUCGUCUCCUACGUAGUAUCACGACACAUCCGGAAGACCUUCAACCUCCCGACGGCCUCCCUAACCUACACCCUCUACGCCUACAAAACCGGCGUCAGCGGCGGCACCAGCACAACCGCCCUCAACAUCUUCUCCAACUACUCCCUCUCCCACCUCUCCAAAUCCAUGAACCCCUACUCCAUCUCGCCCGUCCCCGCGCCCUCAACCCCCACCCCAACCCCCUCGCAAAGCAGCCUCCUCCAACGCCUCCUCCUCCUCCCCUACGUCCCCAAACUCGGCGGCCUCCAAACAACCGGCCUCAUGGCCGCCGUCGACGCCUGCCUCGUCCACCGCUCCUGGGGGCUCUACACCUCGCAAUCCGCGACCUCCUCCUACGGCCCGAACUUCCAAUUCAAAGAGUACACGCGCUCGAAAUCCCUGCCAGGCGCCGCUAUAUUCAAACUCACGUUCGCGCUCGCGGGGCUCCUCCUCGCCAUCCCACCCACCCGCUGGAUCUUCGCGCCCCUCCUCAAAGCCUUCGUCAUCCCGGCGCCUGGCGAGGGCCCGAGCAAGGAGUCCAUGAAGGGCGACUUCAUGUCGUACAGGGCGCUCGGUGUCGCGGAGGGAAAGAAGGAGGAGGUGCUGGCGAAGCUGGACUUUGCGUUCGGCGCGUAUGAGUUCACGGGGUGUUCGCUCGCGGCGGCGGCGGAGGUGCUGUUGACGGGUGGGGUGGAGGGGUCGUUGGCGGGGGAGCUAAGGGGUGGGAUUUUGACGCCCGCGACGUUGGGGGAGGCGUAUGUGGAGAAGUUGAGGGCGUAUGGGGUGAAUAUCGAGGUUGGUGUUUGAUUGUAACUUACUUUUCUCCUUUCUGUGUUUGCGGUCGUAGCUCUAUCGCUGUCGUUGGCCUUUUCUCGCUCUCUCGGAUGGAGGAAACAAGCCUCAAGUAUAAAUGCCGAGAAUCAAAUCAUGAUCGAAUGCAAAUAAAAUAAUAUGAAAUAACGUU